GCUUCUGUUUCUUAUGAUUCUUCCGCCUGAGUUGCAUAGAUGCUCAUCCCUCCCGCUGUUAGACCACCAAGAGUUACAAAAUUUAUUAAGCCAUAUGUGCUGAAGAUGCACUUCACAAACAAGUACGUUAAUGCUCAAGUAAUCCACUCACCAACAGCCACAGUAGCCUCCUCUGCAAGCUCACAGGAGAAGAUACUAAGGUCAAGCAUGGAAUGCACCCGGGAUGUUGGUGCUGCGGCAGAGAUUGGGAAGAUACUGGGGCAGCGCUUGCUGUUUAAGGACAAUCCUGCUGUCUCUAUUUUGUUGAAAAGGGAACAAAAGUACCAUGGCAAGGUAAAGGCUGUGAUUGAUUCUUUAAGGGAAGCAGGUAUAAAGCUGAUUUAAACCCAACUGACUCUCUACUCAUAAGAGCACCUUCCUAGUUCUGAUUUUGAGGAGCUUCAUUCUCUUCAUGUAUUUCUUUGGGUUGCUCUCAUAGGAACCUUUUCUUGAUGAUUUUAGAUUUUCUGUUUC